AUGAACGAUAUCCCCUUGAACUCGAUUCGCAAGAACCGAGCUGGGUACACGAAACUCGCCGAACAAGACGACCUCGGAGAUAGCAUGCGGGUUGGAGCUCGAGCUGCAGCCGUGGCGUCGACACGACGCGCAGGGAAGGGCAAGGCCAGGCAGAAAGACAGAUACGUGGAUGACCCCGAGGAGGAGGACACGCUGCUUGGGGGCCAGUACGACGAGGUGGAGAGCUCGAAUGCACCUCCAUCAACGACACUGCAGAAGUCUCCCACUGCAUCCCUGAAGAGUCGAAACGAGAAGGAUAAAUCACGAACUAUCCCAUUUCGACCGCCAGAUAAACUGCAAUCGCGAUUUCCUCCAAAUAUUGUGCGGAAUCAGAAAUACAACGCUUUCACCUUCCUUCCCAUCGUGCUUUAUGAGCAGUUCAAGUUCUUCUUUAACUUAUAUUUCCUGCUUGUUGCAUUGUCUCAGUUCGUACCCGCGCUGAAGAUUGGCUUCAUAUUUACAUACAUUGCCCCUCUGGCAUUCGUCCUUUUUGUGACGCUGGGAAAGGAGGCAUACGACGACUACAAACGCAACCUUCGCGAUAGAGAGGCCAACUCACAAAAAUACCUCAUCCUCGAAAGUCACGACAUCCCCUCCCGUUCGCAUGACACAUCGUCACUAUUAGAUAGCGCCAUCACCCGUGCCAUCCCCUCGUCGUCGAUCCGCGUCGGUGACCUCAUUGUGCUAGAAAAGAACCAGCGAGUCCCUGCCGAUGUCGUUCUACUUCGCACAUCAGACUCGUCAGGGACGUGUUUCAUACGAACAGACCAGCUCGACGGCGAAACGGAUUGGAAGCUGCGCGUUGCGGUGCCAUCUUGCCAGAAGCUUGGUGAUGACAAGCGUUUGUUGACUCUGGAUGCAGAAAUAUACGCUGAUGCCCCAAUAAAGGAUAUCCACUCAUUUAUCGGGACUUUUACUAUCAACUCGCAUCCAGUUACUCUUGGCAGUCCAGACGACGUUCCUAUGGUGCCCGUACCUACCGUCGAACCCCUAACGGCCGAAAAUGUCUUGUGGUCGAACACGGUCCUUGCUGCCGGAUCUGCAGUAGGGUUUGUAGUUUAUACAGGCUCAGAAACUCGGGCAGUGAUGAACACUAGCCACCCAGAGACCAAAACAGGGCUAUUAGAUAUAGAGAUUAAUAAACUCGCGAAGAUUCUUUGCGCGGUAACGUUUGUGUUGUCGGUGGUACUUGUGGCUUUGAAUGGGUUUCGGGGCCUGUGGUAUAUAUAUGUCUUCAGGUUCUUGAUCCUAUUCUCGUCGAUCAUCCCGAUCAGUCUUCGUGUCAAUCUAGACAUGGGGAAGUCGGUGUAUGCCUCGCAGAUAAUGAACGACAAAGAAAUACCGAAUACCAUUGUUCGAACCAGUACAUUGCCGGAGGAACUUGGACGCAUCGAAUAUCUCCUCAGCGACAAGACGGGCACAUUAACUCAGAACGAGAUGGAGAUGAAGAAAUUACAUAUGGGGACUAUGUCUUACGGAUUCGAUUCGAUGGAUGAGGUUGCUCAUCAGUUAGCCGUUGCCUUUGGUGCAUCUGGGGAAGAAGUUCACCGCAGGCAAGGAUCACUCUCCACUGGGAUACAACUCGCUACUAGAGGCCGCCGAGAUAUGUCUUCUCGAGUUCGUGAUGUCGUGCUAAGCCUAGCUUUGUGCCACAAUGUUACUCCUGUGACAAACGACGACGGAUCAGUCACAUAUCAAGCAUCUUCUCCAGACGAAGUCGCGAUCGUGAAAUGGACGGAAACUAUUGGUCUGACCCUGGUAUCUCGCGAUCGAACUCAUAUGGAGCUGCAAACACCAACAGGCGCACGCCUCGAGUUCGACGUUCUCGACAUCUUCCCCUUCACCUCGGAAUCCAAACGCAUGGGGAUUGUCGUCCGCGAUACUCAUUCUGGUGAGAUCACCUUCCUUCAAAAAGGCGCCGAUGUCAUUAUGGCCAAAAUCGUGCAACGAAACGACUGGCUGGAAGAGGAGACAGGGAAUAUGGCCCGAGAAGGAUUGCGAACCCUUGUUAUGGCGCGCAAGCGGCUCAGCCCACAGAUGUACGCCGAGUUCAAGGACAGGCAUCACCGGGCUAGCGUAAGACUCGAUGGGAGAAAUGAGGCGAUGCAGGCCGUUGUUGCGGAAUAUUUGGAGAAGGAACUUGAGCUACUAGGAUUGACGGGGGUCGAGGACAAGCUUCAAGACGACGUGAAGAGCACUCUCGAGCUCUUGCGGAAUGCAGGUGUCAGAAUCUGGAUGCUGACAGGCGACAAGAUUGAGACGGCGCGUUGCAUUGCUAUCUCAACGAAAUUGGUAGCUCGCAACCAGUAUAUCCAUGAAGUCGCGAAACUCAAGACAUCCGACGAAAUCCGCGAUCAGUUGGAGUUCCUGCAGAACAAAUUGGAUUGCUGCCUGGUCAUUGAUGGCGAGUCGCUACAGCUAUGCCUCAACCUCUUCAAAAAUGAAUUCAUCGAAAUAGCCACGAAGCUGUCAGCUGUUGUUGCUUGUCGUUGCUCGCCUACCCAGAAAGCCGACGUUGCCCGCCUGAUUCGCAAGCACACGAAAAAGCGUGUGUGUUGUAUCGGGGACGGUGGCAAUGACGUGAGUAUGAUCCAAGCAGCUGACGUUGGUGUUGGGAUAGUUGGUAAAGAAGGAAAGCAGGCGUCGUUAGCCGCAGAUUUCUCGGUCACUCAAUUCAGCUUCCUCACUAAACUCCUCCUAUGGCACGGCCGGAAUUCAUAUCGUCGCUCUGCGAAAUUGGCCCAAUUCGUCAUCCAUCGUGGUCUUAUCAUAUCUAUAAUGCAGGCCGUAUUCUCUUGCAUCUUCUAUUUCGCCCCAAUCGCUCUUUACCAAGGAUGGUUGAUGAUGGGCUAUGCCACUGUCUACACGAUGGCGCCCGUCUUCUCCCUGGUGCUUGAUCGUGACGUGAACGAAGAUUUGGCCCUAUUGUAUCCCGAGUUAUAUAAGGAACUGACCAAGGGACGAGCACUUUCCUACAAGACAUUCUUCCAGUGGUUGAUGGUUAGUUUAUAUCAAGGCGCCACCAUCAUGAUUGUGUCGCUUGUUCUGUUUGAGAACGAGUUCCUGCAUAUUGUCUCCAUAUCCUUCACCGCCCUAAUUCUGAAUGAGUUGAUCAUGGUUGCACUCGAGAUAACAACAUGGCAUCUUUAUAUGGUCGUCUCCGAAGUCGUCACGUUGAUUUUCUACAUCAUUAGCAUUGCAUUUCUACCGGAAUAUUUUGAUUUAUCGUUCGUCGUAACCGUCGGCUUUGCCUGGAAGGUGGCCGUCAUCGUGGCAAUCAGCGCGCUUCCUCUGUAUAUCAUCAAAUUAAUCCGUAGUAGAAUCGCACCUGCAGCUUCCAGCAAACUACUAUAG